CCUACUGCUGCUACGCGACGCAAAACGUAAUGCGUACGUUGCUUUGUGUUCGCAACCUAGCUGAUUCCUGGACUAAAUUCAAAUGUGAGAAUAGUCACACUCGGGUAGAACAGUGUUUCAUUGCGCAUCAUGAUCCUGACGUGAAGGACUCCAUGACUGAGGAUUCACAAAAAUGACCAGUAUAAAACUAAAGCUUCAUUGGAAGUGCAUAUUUGGCACGGUGAUCUUCCUUACUACUGGUUUACCCGCGCCAUUAGAUGCAAUUGAAAUGACACAAACCUGCCACAAGAACGCGUUUGGGCUCAACUACACCUUACCAAUGUUCAACGAGUGUCUGCAGAAGCAACACACCAACGGCAGUAUGGUACAGACGAUUCCGAAGCUCAUCCCUGUUCCCACGGUGGCUAACGGUUGCCCUAGACGGAAAGGAAAGUUAGGAAUCCUUCCCGGAUACAGAACAUGCGAUUUUCCUGAUUGUGACAAGAAGCUCUGUGAAAACGGCUGGUGCGAGGAGACUAUGGAAAGCUAUCGAUGCCACUGUUCACCUGGUUUUCAAGGGAAACAUUGCAAUGAGCAGUCAAUCUCAGUUAUGACUGACUUCACGGACAUGUCUACGAUCAUACCGGCCGAAAUGACGCAAGUCACCGCCACGGACGUACCUAGACUCCCGCGUGACUGCGCUGAGAUACAGACUGGUGGACUAUCCCAUCUCAGCGGAGUGUAUCCCAUCUAUCCCGAUGGAGUUGGUGAUGAUCCUCUCUUUGUUUACUGCGAUAUGGAAACGGACGGUGGCCGCUGGACGGUCUUCCAGCGUAGACAGGAUGGUUCAGUUGACUUCUUUCUCUCCUGGUCCGAAUACAAAUACGGUUUUGGUAACGUUUCCUCCGAGCACUGGCUUGGUAACGACAACAUCCACCGCCUUUCCCGUAAUAAGACCUACGAGCUACGGAUCGACCUCGAAGACUUCGAUAGACGAACGCGCUAUGCCACCUACAGCAAUUUCAGUAUUGCAGACGAGGCCGCAUAUUACACCCUGGCCCUUGGCAACUACUUCGGAGACGCAGGUAACAGUAUGUCGUAUCAUGCAGGCAAUCAGUUCUCUACAUGGAACGGCCGCGAUGAGGGAAACUGCGCCGGUUAUUUCAAAGGAGGCUGGUGGUACAAUGAUUGCCUUCGUGCUAACCUCAACGGCCAAUACCUGAAUGGUCUAACAGGGACGUACGCCAAGGGUGUGGUAUGGUAUCACUGGCUCGGUUAUACAUACUCCCUCAAGAAGACGGAGAUGAAGCUUCGUCCGACGUAAUUAACGAACGCCUGUCAU